ACAGAGACCCUUUCUGAUAUCCCCAAAAUAUUAUAUAUUUCUAUAUUUUCUGGGCAAGAAUUAACAGCCAUGGAUUGUUGGUGUGGAACCCCUUAUCUUCAUUUAUCAUUAGGUAGGAAGUACGAAAGCCCUUACUUUAGAAAUGUUCCAAUCACUAAAAUUUUCACGGGGUUUCGAGCUAACAAGAAGGUUUAUGCAAGUAAAAGUUCUCCUAAAAAGUUAAGGAAAGCAAAAGAAGUACGGAAAAUUGCGAAUCCACAAGUUGCUGAAGGUUCACCAGACGAACACAAUGAAAUUUCAGAUAAAUCAUCACCAACUGAUUCUAUUAAUAACUUGGAGUCACAGUCUCCAGUUGCUAUUGCUUCAAGAAGUUCUGUUCUACAAGCAUGCACCGUGACUUCUGGUUUCAUAGCUCUCUUUGGAGUAAUAAUCCGACAGGGUUCUCAUUUGGCAUCGUCACAGGGAUGGCCUAUAGCUGAUUGCUCUUCUGAAAUAUCAAUCGAUUUUGAGACAUGGCACCUGCAACUGAUAGCGGGAUUAGUUGUACUCAUAUCGUCUUCUCGGUUUUUACUACUGAAGACAUGGUCUGAUUUUGCUGUGUCUAGUGAAGCAUCCAAUCGACAGGUCCUAACAUCACUAGAGCCGUUGGAUUAUGUAAUUGUGGCAUUUCUUCCCGGCAUCAGUGAGGAACUCCUAUUUCGCGGUGCAUUGCUUCCCCUUUUUGGAAUCAACUUGACAAGUGCCACGGCUGUUGCUGCCUUAUUUGGAAUUUUGCAUGUGGGUAGCGGUCGGAAGUUUUCCUUUGCAAUCUGGGCAACAUUAGUUGGGCUUGCUUAUGGCUAUGCAACAAUCGUAUCCUCUAGCCUUUUAGUGCCCAUGGCUUCUCAUGCAAUUAACAAUUUAAUAGGAGGAGUCUUAUGGCGCGUUACACUUCCUAAUAAUAGAGAGGUUUAGCGUUUACUGUUGAGGAUUCUAUAAACUGGAUUUUCUAAGAUCAAGAAACUUACGAGAUUCUUUCAACAAGCUUCUGGAUUUCUGAAUAAGUAUAGAAAAAGUAUACCAUAUGCCAAGAAGGAACACCACGACACAUUCAUCAAAAUGCUACAUUUACCGAGUAAGGUUUGGUUACUGUUUGUUAUCACAAUACAGUUGAUUCUGAUCAAUAUCUUUGUAAAUCAUACACUUCUAGAUAUGGUACAGUUCUUUCGGCAUAACAUAUAACUAUCAUAGCAUUAGGUUUGCCGUUAUUUGAGUUGGAGCAUAAUGUACAAUUAUUAUAGUAACGGCUUUGUCAUUAUAUUCGCAAAGUUAUUACUCGAAAUAAUGUAUUGUACGUUGGACCACUGGGUUACUUGUACUUUAGACUCUUGGUAUGUUGAUGCACCGAGUUGCAAGUUGAAACACAUACCUUGUAAUAAUAACCAAAAAAUUAUGAGUUAUAUCUGCAAUAAUGAACUUUUGUAA